UCCCUUUUGAUAGGCCCAGAAAACAUCUGUUUUUUGACGUUAUCGGCUCAAGUUGAAUAUACAUGUAUUACCACAUUAAUAAUCUUUAAAUCUGCUCCAGCUGUACUUAUUAAAGAACUUAUCUAAGCAUCAUAUCUCAUAAAUCAAACUGUUAUACAUACAUACAAAAAAAACUUCAGCAGAUAACCUAAAAGAAAAACACAUGAACAAAUUCAGUUGCUUUUUUGCUCGGAAAUAACACUCAUAAUUUAUCAUUUCAGGGGAACACUGACUGAAAAUGACGUAUUUUGGCAGAAAAGCGCGAAUUUUACUUCUCAUUUCACUUCAACUAAAAAGUAUUUUUUUAGCGCAAGAAAUACGAGAAAAUGACAUAACAAAACACUUACACGAGUCGAUUUCAAAUAUAUUCGCAAUUAACGCCGAAGAUGUAAUCGACUUAAUCUCCACAACGGCCAAUUAUGAAAUUAAGGAGUUCCAAUACAAUGUCACCAAAAAAGUGAUACCAUUCCAAACAAUGUUUUUCUUUCAAGACAUUCUCAUAUGGAGAUUUGAAGGCACAUCGUCUGAAGAAGAUAUACCACCUCCACAACUACAUUGGGAAUUUAUUGAAAAAAAAAUGUUCCUAUUUUACGAAGAUAUCCGCAUCUCAUUACAAGCGGUGAUUGGCGCAGUCAAAGGCGAGAAUUUAUCCACGAUCAGAGUACGCCCUCGUUUUAGCAAUUUCACGUUAACUGCUGUUGGAUCAUAUAUCGAACAUGAUUUGAAAUUCUCGUACGAUAUCUCAUACAACGGUCUCAGAUGUUGGUUGCCGACUAUUUGGUGGACUGAAAUCUCAUCAGUAAAAGAUGAUCUCGAACAAUUGGAGCAACAAAUUAUACCCGCUUCGUUAGCAAUGAUACACAAUAAUCUACUCAAUAAUAUAGAUUUUUCUGAUACAUUGAAGGAAAUUUUCCAAGCCUACGAGAAGCCCAGAAAAGAAAUCAUUUCUAAACAUCCGGAUUUCUUGAAUAAUCCGCAACAAUAUUACUACCUCAUACCUGAAUAUACUUUUUUCGGUUUUAUUCUAAAAGACAUCGUCAUUAGAGGGCUGUCAAAUUUCAAAUCAUUCAAAUACAUUCGCAGUACAUCUGGAAUUUUCUCACAUACUCUACACAUAACAGAUGUUCGAGGAAAGAUGACUUUGGAUUACAGAUCUGAGAACGCUACGAACUUGGAGUUGAAUUUCCAAAUGGAUUAUCUCUUUGUAUCUAAAAAAGAAGACAGCGGUUGUGUUUUUGCCAAAGCGAAAUUUUACACUGUAGUUUCAACGAAAACGAAUGUUUCUUUGAGUGCUCGUCCGUUACAAGUGAUGAUGAAUGGAUUGGAAUCGGCCAUUGCUACUUCGUUAUUGCCAUCGAUGAAGAUUGGGAAAACUUGUGAUCUAGAAACUUCACUGGAAGAAAUUGAAGUUUCGAGAAUAUUGUAUUCGAUUCAAAAUCAAUAAAAGAGUAACACAUGAUUGAGGAUGGAUUCGUUGUUGUAAUUUCUCUAAAAAUAACAGGGGGUGAUGGUGGAUAUCAGAGUGGCAUAUUUCGCUCCACCUUUUUUCAAUUUACUAAAUAUUAAGUCCCAGAUGUUCGAGGUUCGUUAAAAGUUGAAAAUUCAAUUUCAACAAUUUGUAAACUUGUACUUAUGUAAAAUAUAAAACUAUCAAUCAUACAUUUCCCUGUAAU